UAAAUUUAUAAAAAUUCAACAAUUUCACUGCCAGCAUAUUCUACACAAUCUCACAUUAUGGAGAGACCAAAUACUCCACCGCGGACUUCAAGAACUAGAUCUCAAGUCAUACCACCACCAACACCAGAAGUCAAAAGAAGAAUAGUUAGUUCAAGGCAACCCAUACAGACAAUCUAACCCCUCAUUUGUUAAUCUCUUUCACCAGGAAGAAAAUCGACUUAAGGCUAAAGCCCUUCGCGAACAAUCUAUAGCUCGUGAAAAUGCACUCUCCUCAAACAAUGCCAAUCGCACUCCCUCGGGCUUCGUCGCCACCCCAGAUAUAACCCUCACAGGUCAAAAGCGUACUCACUCCUCUAUCUCAACUUCGUCCAUCCCAGCGACUUCCCGCGAUGCGCGACAAUCUACCAAAGAUUCCCGAAUCGAUGACACCGCACCACAGGCGGCGCGGAAGUUCCGGAAAUAUGUUGAUCAUGAUUUUAGUAAGAUGACAGAUACAAAAGGUGGAUUUUUAGCUGCGGAAGAUGAUCCGUGGAAUAAGGCUUUACAUGCACCGAAAGAGGGGGAGAAACCAGCACAUAUGACAUUGAAGGAAUGGGAGAGACAUCAGUUGUUGAAAGGGUUGAGAAACAGGAAAGAGGGACCUUUUGAGCCAGGAUUGAGUGUGCUGGGGAAGGGCGAUAAAAAGUGUAGAGAGUGUGGGAGUUUGGAGAUUGAUUUUGUGUGGGAUGAGGUUUUUAAGUGUAUGGUUUGUAACCUGUGCAAGGAAAAGUUUCCGGAGAAAUAUAGUUUAUUAACUAAAACGGAGGCGAAGGAAGAUUAUCUUAUUACGGAUCGUGAGUCUUGUUGAUUAUACACGAUGAUAGACUUGAGCUAAUAUUCUUUGUAGCGGAGUUGAAAGAUGGUGAACUCUUACCACAUCUCAAUAAGCCCAAUCCACAUAAAUCGCACUGGCAUGAUAUGAUGUUAUUCUUACGCUACCAAGUUGAGGAAUAUGCAUUUAAAACGAAAUGGGGAAGCGCGGAAGCAUUAGACGAAGAGUUUGAGAAAAGAGAAACGGAAAAGAAGAAGAGGAAAGAGGAAAAGUUUAAGAAUAAAUUGAAAGAGUUAAAGAAGAAGACGAGAACCGAAGCGUAUAGGAGGGGUUUGGCAGGUGAUGGCAAAGGUGGAAAGUUUGGUGAUGUGAUUAGUAAUGGGAAACAUGAACAUGAAUGGGGUCAGACGGUAGAGAAUGAGGAUGGAAUGAGUGUGAAGAGUUGUGUGGAGUGUGGGAUGGAGGUUGAGGAGUUGGAAUUUUAAGGGAGGUGUUGCUAGGAGGUGUCGCUAUGGGGUAUGGGGUAU